GACCUACCUUUACAGGAAGUAAGUCGCAUACGGCGCGUUGUGGUUGUGUACAUGCGUAACUGUUCAACGGCAGUAAGAGCUGAAAUGAAAAUAAAGUCGUCAUAGCUGCUCGAGAUGGCCACGAUGGAGAAAGAAACCCCCUCUAAAAAAGCUGCAGCGCCUUCUGUGUCUCAGAUUAAUGCAGAAUAUGUCACACAGUUGGCUAAUAAGUAUUGGGCUCCCCAUGCAAAGAAUAAACUACCCUUUGACCCUAAGGUGAUGGAAGAUAUUUACGAAAAAGAGAUUCUCAAGUCCAAAUUUGCCAUCAGAAAAAUUAUGCUCCUUGAGUUCAGCCAGUAUCUUGAGAACUACCUGUGGGUGAACUACACUGCAGAGGUAUCCAGCAAUGCCUACCUCAUGUCCAUUUGUUGCAUCGUCAACGAGAAGUUCAGAGAGAAUGUCCCAGCUUGGGAGGUGUUCAAGAAGGAGCCAAGCCAUUUCCCAUUCUUCUUUAAAUGUGUGAUGGAGGCUGUAUUGGCAGGUGACGAGGCUGACCUCACUCUGAAGGAGCAGACUGUGCUGCUGGUCUUCCUGGACCACUGUUUCAACAGUCUGGAGGUAGAUUUGAUCAGAGAGCAGGUGCAGCAGCUCAUCUCCCUGCCUAUGUGGAUGUGCCUCCUACCAUCCAGACUCCAACACGAGCUUAAGAAAGUCCCAAAGCUGCAGAAAUUCUGGAAUCUAAUCAAGAAGAAAUUUGAUAAGAUGGAUGCUGACGCAGCUGAGCAGGCAAAUAAAGAGAGGACCUUCCUCUCGGCUCUCAUUAAAAAGUUUCUUGGGGUGCUCACGUCAAUUCCGCCAUCAGGACCUGUAUGCAUGGACAAAGUACAUUACUGUGAGAGAUUCAUUGAACUCAUGAUAGAUUUGGAGGCCCUGCUGCCUACCAGACGUUGGUUCAAUACCGUGUUGGAUGACUCUCACUUGGUGGUCAGAUGCCACCUGUCCAGCCUCACUGAGAGAGAAAAGGAGGGCCAUCUCUUCUGCCAGUUGCUGGACAUGCUGAAGUUCUACACAGGCUUUGAGAUCAAUGACCAGACAGGAAACGCACUGACGGGGAAAGAGAUGACCACUCUGCACUAUGACAGAAUCACCUCCCUGCAGAGGGCAGCUUUUGCUCAUUUCCCAGAGUUGCAAGACUUUGCUCUGUCCAGCGUAGCAGCAGUGGACACUCGUGAAUCCUUGACCAAACACUUUGGCCACCUCAGUCCCAAUACGCUCCACCAGGUGGCCUCAUAUCUGUGCCUGCUGCCAGAGCUACCUGAAGGGCAAGACACCACCUAUGAGAAAGAGGUUCUCCUUGAGCUGCUGGUGUCCCGUCAUGAGCGCAGAAUCUCUCAGAUUGAGCAACUUAACCAGAUGCCGCUUUAUCCAACAGAGAAGAUCAUCUGGGAUGAAAACAUCGUCCCGACAGAGUACUACUCAGGCGAAGGCUGUCUAGCACUACCUAAGCUGAAUCUACAGUUCCUGACCCUCCAUGACUACCUGUUGAGGAACUUUAACCUCUUUCGUCUAGAGUCCACCUAUGAGAUCAGACAGGACAUAGAGGAUGUGGUGUGGCGUAUGAAACCAUGGCAAUCAGAGUAUGGCGGAGUGGUGUUUGGGGGCUGGGCCAGGAUGGCACAGACGAUCACUUCUUUUUCCAUAGUAGAGGUUGCCAAGCCCAACAUUGGAGAGAGCUGGCCUGCCCGUGUGCGAGCUGAUGUCACUGUUAACCUCAAUGUACAAGAUCAUAUCAAGCAUGAGUGGGAAGGGCUGCGGAAGCAUGACGUUUGCUUUCUGAUCACGGUGCGACCCAACCUGCCCUACGGCACGCGCUUCGACCGUCGGCAGCCCUUUGUGGAGCAGACUGGCCUGGUGUACGUGAGAGGCUGCGAGGUGCAGGGUAUGCUGGAUGACAAGGGACGUGUCAUUGAAGAAGGACCUGACCCAAAGCCUAAGCUCCGAGGAGAUGCCAGAACAUUCCGUGUGUGGCUGGACCCGAACCAGUAUCAACAGGACAUGACCAGCAGUAUUCAGAGUGGCACUGAAGACCCAUAUGAGACUUUCAACAUUAUCAUGAGACGCAAACCCAAGGAGAAUAAUUUCAAGGCAGUGCUAGAGACCAUCAGAAACCUGAUGAACACCGAGUGUGUUGUGCCAGACUGGCUUCACGAUAUUAUCCUAGGCUAUGGCGAUCCAGGCAGUGCACACUACUCGAAAAUGCCUAACCAGAUCUCCACAUUGGACUUCAAUGACACCUUUCUGUCCCUGGACCAUUUACGUUCGUGUUUCCCUGGCUACACCAUAAAAGUCACAGAAGAGAACCCUGAGCUUCAGGUCUCCCCUUUCAGAAUCACGUUUCCCAUCUCAAAUAAAACUGACAAAGGAAAGAAGAGAAAGGCUGAUGAAGAAGUGGAAGACAAAGAGGAAGACAUGACAUUGACCGUUGAGCCCUAUGUUACACUCAACCGUGGCCCAUAUCCCUACAACCAGCCCAAACGGAACACAAUUCAGUUCACCCCUACUCAGAUUGAAGCCAUUCGAGCCGGGAUGCAGCCAGGACUCACUAUGGUUGUUGGACCACCAGGUACCGGAAAGACAGAUGUUGCUGUUCAGAUCAUCUCAAACCUCUAUCACAACUUUCCUGAGCAGAGGACCCUCAUAGUCACACACUCAAACCAGGCUCUGAACCAGCUGUUUGAAAAGAUCAUGGCUCUAGACAUUGAUGAGCGCCACCUCCUGCGUCUGGGCCACGGAGAAGAGGAGUUGGAGACUGAGAAGGACUUCAGCAGAUAUGGCAGGGUAAACUAUGUCCUAGCCAGAAGACUGGAGCUCCUCAGAGAGGUGGGGAGGUUACAGGAGAGUUUGGAUGUCCCAGGAGAUGUUUCUUACACCUGUGAGACUGCUGGACACUUCUACCUCUACCAGGUGAUAUCUCGCUGGGAAGAGUACAUGAGUAAAGUCAGGCCUAAACAGGGCAAGAAAGUGGAGGUGCAAGAUGUGGCAGCACACUUUCCCUUCCACAAGUACUUCUCCAAUGCCCCGCAGCCUGUGUUCAAGGGCCGGUCAUAUGAAGAGGACAUGGACAUCGCAGAGGGCUGCUACCGCCACAUCAAGAAAAUAUUUACCCAGCUGGAGGAGUUUAGGGCCUUUGAGCUUCUGAGGAGUGGACUGGACCGCUCCAAGUACCUGCUAGUGAAGGAAGCCAAAAUCAUUGCCAUGACCUGUACACAUGCUGCGCUGAAACGCCAUGACCUGGUGGAGCUGGGAUUUAAGUAUGACAACAUACUGAUGGAAGAAGCUGCUCAGAUUCUGGAGAUCGAGACCUUCAUUCCCCUCUUGUUACAGAACCCCGAGGAUGGCUACAGCAGGCUGAAGCGUUGGAUCAUGAUUGGAGACCACCACCAGUUGCCUCCAGUUAUCAAGAACAUGGCCUUUCAGAAGUACUCCAACAUGGAGCAGUCUCUCUUCACCCGAUUUGUACGCCUGGGAGUGCCGACCAUAGAUCUGGAUGCACAGGGCCGUGCACGUGCAAGUCUGUGUAACUUGUACAACUGGCGUUACAAACACCUGGGGAACCUGCCUCAUGUCCAGCAACUGCCUGAGUUCCAGGUGCCCAACCCUGGCCUGACCUUUGACUUCCAGCUUAUUAACGUAGAGGACUUCAAUGGGGUGGGAGAAUCUGAGCCCAACCCUUACUUCUACCAGAACCUGGCGGAGGCGGAGUAUUCUGUGGCCUUAUACAUGUACAUGCGUCUGUUGGGCUAUCCUGCUGACCGCAUCAGCAUCCUCACCACCUACAAUGGACAAAAACACCUGAUCAGAGAUGUCAUCAACCAACGGUGUGCUGGCAACCCCUUCUUUAGUCAGCCUAACAAGGUGACAACAGUGGACAGGUUCCAGGGUCAGCAGAAUGACUACAUCAUCCUCUCACUGGUCCGCACCAAAGCCGUGGGACACUUGAGGUAAUUUCUUACAAUGCAUGCCAAGCAGAAAAACGUGACCCUGACCCUAAAUUGACAGCUUCAGCAGCUAUUCUUCUACAAAAAUACUUGUGAUGUACACCAUAGAUACACAUCCUCCAGGGAUACAACACAGCAAAAAUGUAGGCACUUAACUCUCUUGAGCCAGCUGCUCUCAGGAGGCUUUCUCCUUUUGUCAUGUGUAACUACUGACAGACGUUUGCUAAAGGAAAAAAAUACAAUAACCAAACUGCAGUGGUAGGUUUUAUGCCUUUUCAUUCCAUGUCCCAUUGCUGUCUGCCCAACUACACUUGCUGGCCUCUCUUAGUCUUCAGCUCCAUCUCCUUAUCUCACAGCUCCCUCUUCUCCUCACUCCCGUCUCCUUCCUCGUUUCACCGAAUUGAUUUGUAGUGUAAUGGUGUUUCACUCUUCAGCUGCCAUGAGAUCCCGAUGAGCUCUCCACACUUAAUAUACGGUGCGUGUGUUAAUACCAGACAUUUGAGGCUUAACUCUUCCAUAGCACUUAAUCUUGCCACCUCUGGCUGUGAUGUGCAGUAGCUACUGUUGGAAUUGCACCGCUAGGAGCUGUACUGCAAGUGCAUUCACCAGCCUCACAUUGGUCAGUCUGCAAAUUGGAACCCCAAAAUGAAAAAGUCAUUCCAUUUGUAACUAAAUACCCCCCACCAUUGAGCAUGGUCAUUUUUUAUCUCACAGGUAAAGCAAUGAAUUGAUGUAACUGGAAUGAGAAGUGCAGGUGACCACAGAAAGUGGUAGUCAAUCUACUCUCUGUAUCAUUCCUUUGAUUUUGUCUUACGCUGGAUACUGCAUACUGCCUCCGAAUGCCAACCCGCACCAACACAAGUGGGGAGGUUGUCAAAGGCUGUCUCUGUGCUACAACUCCAGUUAUCCAUUGAAGGGGAAUACAAUAGCACUAGAGUUUCUAUUCUUCCUCAGUAGCCAACCACGAUUUAAAACUUUUUUCACAUAUGCAGUAGUACUUCCCAAGAUCUGUAAACAGAGGUUGAUGUGUAUAAUAACUGAGCAAUUAAAAUAACAGAACAUGUUUUGUUAAUCCUA